AGCAAAAUAGGUGACUUGGGUUUUAUAGGACGCCCUAAUUCUGCUCCCAAUAUCUUUACAAGUAUACAGAAGUAAACAUGCUCGCCCUCACUAGCGCAACAGGGAAACUCGGCUCUGCCGUGCUCAACGCCAUUCUCGAUAAUGCGCUCAUCAAUCCGACGGAACUCGUUGUAUGCACUUCGACAAGCCCUUCUAAUGACCAAUUCAACCAUCUGCGCGACCAGGGUAUUACCGUGCGCUACGCCAAUUUCGACGAGCCCGACUCGCUCGCCCGUGCCUACACGGGAUGCAAUGCACUCUUUCUUGUCUCUACACCCCGCAUAGCCAUGGACUAUAACAAUGCGCCCCUUUGGUCUGGUCGCGAAGCGCACCACCGCGCUGCCAUUGACGCCGCUGUUUCUGUGGGGGUUAAACACAUUUACUACACGUCCCUUGCGUUUGCAAAUCCCAGCAAAGCAGGCGUGAUGAGGGCGCAUAUUCGAACUGAGAAGUACUUGAAAGAGCUGGAGGAGCAGGGGAAGGUCAAAGUAACGGUGUUAAGGGAGGGUCUGUAUAAUGAGAGUUGGCCAUUGUAUUUUGGGUAUUAUUUCGGUUUGAAAGAGGAGACGAGGAGAGAGGUGCUGGUUGCGGGCGAUGGGCCCAUAAGCUGGACUUCAAUACCGGAUAUGGCGUACGGCACUGCAAAAGUACUUGCUGCGCCGAGUGAACAAUGGGCAGGAAAGACCUUCUACCUCAGUCAGAAGCAGACGUGGAGGUUGAAGGACAUUGCAGAGAUCGUGAGCAAGGUGAAGGGUGAAGAAGUUAAGAUUAAAGCGGUAUCAAGGAAAGAGUAUGAGGACUUCUAUAUCAACGAGAAGGGUAUGGAAAAGCCGAGUGUGGAGUGGUGGAGUAGCACGUAUGAUGCGGUCGAGGACGGCGAGUGCGCGAUUGAUGAUCCAACGCUGGAGACGCUGCUGAAAGAAGCCGGACGAUCACCGGAGCCGCUUGAGGAGACGAUUGAGACAAUGUUACGAUGAUAUCAGAAACCUGUACGAAAGUAAGUAAUAUUGCGAAGUGGAAAGAACACAAACAUAUUCACCUCCCCCCC